UAUUGCUAUUGAUCCUUCUUAAAGUGAAAUAAUAGUUUCCGACCUAGUUUGCUAUAAAGUUUUAUCAAAUAUUUUGUCACAAUAUAUAACCAAAAAUUAUCAAAUAUUCCACAAAUCUCAUCAAAAGAGGUAGCUCACACAUUAUAACUGACAUAUCCACUUCAGUGUUGGUGCUGUAUUAUCGAUUACACAAAAUAUGUUGCGUAAUUAUCUAAUUUUGGUAUCUAUUUAUGUAAUUAUUGUAUAAUAAUAAGAAUCUUUGUUAAUUUAUUACAAAAUAUUGUGCCAAUUAUUGAUAGCAUAUCACAGAUAAAAUUCUUCACGAGUUAGCAAAAUCAUGAAAAUAUGAUAAAACAUUUAAUUGAAGUGUUUUCUUUGAAUGUUUCAUUUUCUGGGAGGAUGCAAAUACUGAUAAAAAUACGUCAGAGAAGACUCUUAUCAGAUUUCAAAAUUUAACAUGAUAUAAAUGGUCGAAUGGAAAAAUGUAAACAUAUAACAGAUGUAUAGAAGGUUACUGAUGAAAGACAUGCGAUUUUCAACAAACCAUUUCCUAUACCUAAUUUAACAUACCAGCCGCCUAUGUGUCUAAUUGAAGUUUACAUAGGGGGACUUUUGUGAAGUUAUUAUUUUAACCAUUCUACAAGAAAAUGACGUCGAAUGCCUCAGUCUUAAUCAGUAAUUAUACGGAUUAUUUUGGACCAUUUCAGACUGGAUUAUUUGGAACUUGGUUAAUCAUCAUAAUAAUGGCUUCAAUAAUAGGGAAUGUGAUGGUUAUAAUUGUUAUACUGCGAGACAGUAACAUGAGAGCAGCUAAGAAUGGCACCAAUUUAUUCUUAUUCAACCUAGCUAUUUCUGAUAUGAUGGUCGGAAUUUGCAUGGCACCGGUGUCUUUGAAUACACUUAUUUACGAAAAAUGGCAAUUUCCACAAUGGUUUUGUAGUAUAAAUAGUUUUCUAAAUUCUGUAUUUUUGUCGUUAUCCAUUCAUACUCUAAUGUAUAUUAGCAUACACAAAUAUUUCUCAUUAAAAAGACACUCAAAUGGAGACCGAACAUUUAUUUCUCGAAAAAUUUGUGUAUUAAUGAUAGUUGCAGCUUGGUUGUGGGGGGUCAUGUUAGGUGUCGCUGCAGUAUCUGGACUAAGUAAAGCAGUCUAUAGGCAAAAGAAACUUCAAUGUGGUCCGAUGUACCCACAUUUUAACAUACCAAAAGAUUCUAUUCUGUUCUUCACUAAUUUUACAAUAAAUAUCUUGCUACCAAUUGUGAUCAUGGGAAUUACAUACAGAAAAAUAUUUACAAUUCUCCAUCAAUCUGUUGUGUUCCGACGGAAUUCCGCCAACAGUACAGAUGACAUUUUUUCCGAUGACAAACGUGUAACCAUCACGCUGGUUCUUGUGCUUGGUGUAUUCAUUGUGUGCUGGUUACCUUAUGUUGUCUACAUUUUCUUGGCUCUAAUGUUAGAGGACAAAAAUGAUAUUCCAUCAUACAUAAAUCCGUUGGCUUACUGUUCUGGUUUUACAAACAGUAUAUGUAACCCGGUUAUAUACGCCUUCCGAUUUAAAGACUUCAGAAAAGGAUACAAGCAAAUUUUACAAAGGUCGUCCUGUACUGGUACCAAAGAUUUAAGAAUGAUUGAACUUAGGGAAUCUAGAAGACCCUCACGGAACUGGAUAUGUGUAGAAACGUAACUGCCAUAAAAGAAUAAAAUUGAAGACUAAAUGAACAUAUUCUGUAAUUUUCUUUACAAUUUUAAAUGUAAUAGAAAAAAGAUACAGUUAUUUUUUAGAAACUUGAAUACGGUUUUAUUCAAAUUUUCUAUCGCUUGUUCAAUAUAAACAGAUGGAGACAAACCAUUACCAUAAACCACAAAUUCAUUCACUCUUGUAAAAUAAACAUACUCAAAUUAUAAUUAUUUAGAAAUUAGUAUACAUGUAUCAUUAUUAACGAAUGUUAGUCAACAUUAUAAGAAAUUGUAAGUUACUGGCUGUACUAUUUAACUACAGCACCACAAAUAAAAAAUAUUCGUAGCCAACAUUAUUUAUCUCAUAAUGACUGAAAUAUUUGAUGUAUAAUCAGUGAUAUAAUAAACAUCUGUAACUUAUUGUGAUGAGUAAUACAUGUUAUCAAGCA